AUGGUGAACUUUGAGGAUACCACAAAGCACCAAAUAACUCACACUGGAGAGAAACCAUAUGAAUGUAAUUACUGUGGGAAAGUAUUCAAACGAAGCUCAGAUUUUAUUAAACAUCCAAGACUUCAUACUGGGGAAAAACCCUUUGAAUGUAAAGAAUGUGGAAAAGCAUUCAAUAGCAGUUCACAUCUUAUUCAACAUCGAAGAAUUCAUACUGGGGAGAAACCAUAUAAAUGUAAUAAAUGUGGGAAGGGCUUCAGCCAGAACUCUGAUCUUAUUAGACAUGAAAGAAUUCAUACUGGAGAGAAACCUUUUAAGUGUAAUGAAUGUAAGAAAGCCUUCAGUAGAAGCUCACUUCUUAUUGGACAUUGUCAAAUUCAUACUGGUGAAAAACCAUUUGACUGUAAUGAGUGUGGGAAAGCCCUCAGUCACAUCACAGGUUUUGUUCAACAUCAAAGAAUUCAUACUGGAGAGAAGUCUUAUGAGUUCAGGGAAUGUAGGAAGGCCUUUAGUCACCAUUCAGUCUUAAUUCAGCAUCAGAAAACUCAUACUGAACAGAAACCAUCUGAAUGUAAUAAAUGUGGAAAAAAUUACAGUGGAAGCUCAGUCCUUAAUGAACAUCAAAAAAUACAUACUGAGGAUAAGCUACAUGAAUGUAGUAGGUGUAGAAAGCUCUUUAAUUGAAACUCUCACCUUAUCAGACAUCAAAAAAUUUAUGCUAGACAAAAGCCACCUGAAUGCCACCUAUGUGGGAAAGCCAUUCUUCGUCCAUCAUUUCUUAUUAAACAUGAGAGAAAUCACACUCAAGUCAAUUUAUGAAUAUGAUGUAUAGCAGAGGAAAACGUUGUGGCUCAAAGAGCUCAUUUUUUGUCAAUUCCAUAAUAAAUUGGAAAAAGAAGA